AUGUCGACCUCCUCACACGUCCCGGAGAACGCCGUGCCUGACACGCAACUAGGACUCAGCAACGAAGAGAUACAACUACUACGACAUGGCCAGCAAACCGUGGCGGCCGCAGGAGGGGGCGGCGGUGGCGGAUCGACCUCGUCCCGCGCAGCGAGCCGUGCCUCGUCCCAAGGUCUGCUCGUCAUGGACCCUUCCUCUCUGGCCGCUCUAGGCCGGCACUUCGACCGGGUCAUGCAGCGCAUCCAGCAGCAGCUCGAGUACCUAAUAGAGCAGUCGCAGCAGGUCAACCUGGAGGUGUACGACCGCGCGGGAAACCUGGUCGAUAACGCCGACAGGGAGAUUGCGCGGUACCAUAGCCUCAUGGCCCAGAUCGACGAGCUCGAGCUGGAUUUUGACCGCAUAGCUCAUAUUCGGGAGAUUGUGGCAGGGUUUCGGCAGCGCGCCGAGGACUUGGAGCGCGAGCUGGAAAGGUCGGGGAGUGGCUCGUCGCGCAGGGAUCGCCAUGGACAUGGACACCGGCACUCGUCGCAUCGCAGUCAUGGACAUCAUUCGAGCUCUGGGAGGCAAAGGAGUUGAGCCAGCCGGAAUCAGGAAGAACCAGAAAUUCAAAGGUGGAUUGUUCUGGCAGAUCGCUCACUCAUUGACGGGCUAUAUUGCGGACCACAACCCCAAUGGAACUGGAAGAAGGAGAUAACCAAAAGAGGACGAUGAUACGCAAGUUAAUCGCAAUGGACUCAACAACUACAACCACACAUCAACGAAAAAAGUCGGAGGAAAUCCAUCCUCCAUGUUAUGAAACGAAUAGAAGGACCAGGUCCCGCGACCAUAGGCAAAAACAUGUUAUGAAAUCAUUUGGGCGUUAGGGGUAUCAUCAGGGAGCAUAGCUAGCGAAUUUGAUGUACACGUGUUUAAGCUCUCGCCAUUUAUGAACAUCAAAGUUGGGG